AUUUCGUCAACGUUAUCGUUAUCGCUCAUUUCCCAAUCGACCAUGUCCACUGCACCCGCCGCGACGCCUUCGCUGACGCAAGCACCGCUCCCGUCCAUCCACGGCCCCGUCGCAUGGGUCCAGCGCAACGGCGUGGCGAUCGGCGUCGCCAUCAUUGCAAUUAUCGGCUUUGGCCUUGGCUUUGGCCUCGACGCCAAUGACAACGUGCCCGCGCCGUACAACCGCGUCUCGUCCAUCAUCGGCUGGACCUACUUUGCGUGCUGGAGCGUGAGUUUCUGGCCGCAGAUCUUCCUCAACUGGCGCCUCAAGAACGUCGAAGGUCUCUCGAUCGACUUUAUCGCGUACAACAUUGUCGGCUUCUCGUGCUACACAGUGUACAACUCGUCGUUCUACUGGAGCGAGUCGGUCCAGGACGAGUACAAGGCGCUCCACAACGGGUCGCCCAACUCGGUGCAGGUCAACGACGUCUUCUUUGGCAUCCACGCGGUCGCGGUGACCGCGCUCACGUACUACCAGACGACCAUCUACCCGCGUGGCGAGCGCAAGGUCUCGACCGUGUGCAAGAGUCUGAUUGCGCUCGCGCUCACGAUCAUCGCGGCGUUCCUCAUCAUCCACCUCGCGUCGCCGUCGAGCUCGUUCUUCACGAAGCUCAACUUCCUCUACCUCCUCAGCUACGUCAAGCUCGCCAUCUCGCUCGUCAAGUACAUUCCGCAGGUGUACCUCAACUACAAGCGCCAGUCGACGAUCGGCUGGACCAUCUACAACGUGCUGCUCGACUUUUCCGGCGGUCUCCUCUCGAUCGUGCAGCUGCUCAUGGACGGCGCGUCGACGCACGACUGGUCCUCGGUUACGGGCAACCCGGUCAAGUUUGCGCUGGGCUUUGCGAGCAUGUUCUUUGACGUGAUCUUCAUGACGCAGCACUACAUUCUGUACCGCCACUCCAACUCGGCCGACCAACUCGACGUCAAGGCCGACCACGCCAACUCGCCCUUCCUCAAGGUCUAAGACCAGGAAUU